ACGCUCACACACGCCUUCCUGCUCAUUAUUAAUGAGAGGAUUUGAAAGUUAAAUAUCCUCAGUGCAGCACACACCAUAAUAAACAGGCGUCAUGUAAUAGUAAUGCUAGUUAAAGUGCGGUUAUACCUGUAGGUUAGCUUAGCUGCAGCUAAUGUUGGCUACCUCCCGUUAGCCCGUAGAGUGUCGGUGUCCUGGUCGGUGUUUGGUUCCAGCCGUCAUCACAACAACACGGACAGCCUCCCAUUCAUCACUACAGAUAGGUUGGCAUCGAAAUGGCAUCGAUAGCAGCGCCCCAUGAGCCAGGUUUAAGCCCGGGCUCCAUGCAGCUGGCUGACGCUUUAGUCCCCGCCAGCAUAUUCGCUCCGGACCGGGGGGAUGGUGACGACGCUGGGGACGAGUGCUUCGAGGACGGAGACGAGCUCAACGGCCAGCCCGAGGAUCGGGGGAUCGACUUCACUAGCAAGCUGGCUCUUGUUAGCCCAAAUGGAGAGCAGUACGACUCGUUACUCCGGCAGCUCCGGGACAGGAUGGAGGAGGGAUGUGGAGAGACCAUCUAUGUGGUUGGGAUGGGCUCAGACGGUGGUGACUGGGGUCUGGAUGAGAAGGACAUGGAGGCUUCGGUUGCCACGGUGCGUUCCAUGUGUGAGCAGCUGGACGCUGACCUUAUCACACUGCGAGAGCGCAGCGAGGCAGCCGGUUUGGUCCGUGACUAUCUGAUCCGGAGGCGUGUGGGUGAGCUGGACUUCCUGGAGGUCAGGGUUGCAGUGGUGGGGAACGUGGAUGCCGGUAAAAGUACUCUGCUGGGAGUCUUAACGCACGGCGAGCUGGACAACGGCAGAGGCUUUGCUCGGCAGAAACUUUUCAGACACAAACAUGAGAUGGAGAGCGGCAGGACCAGCAGCGUGGGAAACGACAUCCUGGGGUUCGACCAGGAGGGACAGGUGGUGAAUAAACCAGACAGUCAUGGAGGAAGCCUGGACUGGACCAAAAUCUGUGAGAAGUCCUCCAAAGUCAUUACCUUCAUAGACUUGGCCGGCCAUGAGAAAUACCUCAAGACCACCGUGUUUGGGAUGACUGGACACCUGCCCGACUUCUGCAUGCUCAUGGUGGGCAGUAAUGCAGGUAUCGUAGGGAUGACCAAAGAGCACCUGGGCCUGGCUUUAGCUCUGAAUGUGCCCGUGUUUGUCGUGGUAACCAAGAUCGACAUGUGUCCUGCCAACAUUCUACAAGAGACAUUGAAGCUGCUCCAGAGGUUACUGAAAUCUCCAGGCUGCAGGAAGAUUCCUGUUCUAGUCCAGAACAAGGACGACGUUAUAGUCACAGCUUCAAACUUCAGUUCAGAGAGGAUGUGCCCCAUCUUUCAGAUCUCCAACGUGACUGGAGAGAACAUGGACCUGCUCAAGAUGUUUCUCAACCUGCUGUCGUCCAGGACUUCCUACCGCGACGACCAGCCCGCUGAGUUUCAGAUAGAUGACACCUACUCCGUACCGGGAGUGGGAACCGUAGUAUCAGGAACUACUUUACGUGGACUCAUACGUCUGAACGACACCAUGUUGCUGGGUCCAGAUCCUCUGGGGAGCUUCAUCCCCAUCGCUGUCAAAUCCAUCCACCGCAAGAGGAUGCCUGUGAAGGAAGUUAGAGGCGGUCAGACUGCCUCAUUUGCUCUCAAAAAGAUCAAGCGUUCGUCCAUAAGGAAAGGCAUGGUGAUGGUGUCCCCGAGGCUAAGCCCACAGGCCACCUGGGAGUUUGAAGCCGAGAUCCUGGUGCUGCAUCAUCCCACCACGAUAUCCCCCAGAUACCAGGCCAUGGUCCACUGUGGCAGCAUCAGGCAGACGGCCACCAUCCUGUCCAUGAACAGAGACUGCUUACGGACAGGAGACAAGGCUUCAGUCCACUUCCGCUUCAUCAAGACCCCCGAGUACCUGCACUGCGACCAGAGGCUGGUGUUCAGGGAGGGACGCACCAAGGCUGUGGGGACCAUCACCAAGCUGCUGCAGUCCACCAACAACAUGCCGUCCAACUCCAAACCUCCACAAAUCAAAAUGCAGUCGACAAAAAAGGCGCCGCUCCGAAAAGAGGACGGCAGCGUGGCGACCGGCGACGACGCAGCGACGAUAGCGCAGCCAGCCGGCCCGAACACAACACAACCGGCAGAGGGAGACGACGACCCUCAGAUAAAGGAGGGCAACAAAGAGAACAAGCCAAAGUCUGGAGGUGGUGGAAGGAGACGAGGCGGCCAGAGGCACAAAGGAAAAGGCCAGAACAGCAGCAGCACCAACUCCACAGCAGCGCCGUCCUCGUCAGGAACAGGAAACUGCUGAAUCUGCCCCUCGAUCACUCCAAGUGUCUUCAUUCCACAAACCAUCACAGAUGUCUGGAGCGAGACACUCUCCUCAGUCUUACUACUCCUUGCCUUUUUACACCAGGUCAUAGUUUUUAUUUUUUAAAGGGAACACCAGAAGCAAACACCUUUUAUGCAUUUUAUUGUCUGCUGCCUUUACGAGCGGUUCGACUGAUGAAAGCAGUGCGGCUUUUGAGGUUAGCCUCACACAGGAUGUUGAUUUAUUUCAUUUUAUCCAUAUUUUAUGUGUGGAAUCGGAGACGAGGGUCCGGUACCAAUACGAGCAGCUAUAGGUGAACCUCCCCGUGCAUUCCCCGUGUAUUUGCAAUGAUAAACAGUUGUACUAUUUAUACUGCAUAUGUAAAUUAGCUGUUAGUCGUUUGAUUGGAAGGACGCCAUUGUACAAACAUGUAUGCAAAUCACAAAUGAAUGUAGCAGAGGGCACAUUUAAAACUCUAGAUAUAUGGAAAAUAUAAGGUGUUGCAUUUUCUAACUGUCAGUUAUUUAUUUGGCAUUCAUGCAGAACAUUUCCUCAUGGAUGGUCUUAAUCUUUCCGCCUGCUCCAGUAGUGUCCGUCACGCUUCCAUCGUCGGUCCAAACCUUUUACUGAUAGUACAAAUACAGCACAUACCGUCACUCCAGCAGCUGCUAGCGUUUAGAAGACAUGCAGUAGUCGCAGUGCUCCUUGUAACUCCAGCACUCCACGGCCUGUCGCUGUUAACAUGAAACACUUUGCCACAAAAAAACAGACCAUUAAUAAACACACUUUACUGAACUUU